AUGAGUUUUGAUACGGCUGCCAUAAACGGAAACGACAAACCCGAACGCAAGUGCUACGAUCGUACAAAAUCUGACGACUUGCAAAUAUCUAGGACGGAUAUGAAUAUGUUAAUAAUGAAUUAUUUAGUAACAGAAGGUUUCAAGGAGGCUGCCUUGAAGUUCCAACAAGAAGCAGGUCUACAGGAGCCUGCUCUGUGUAGCUCGUUAGAUGAGCGGAUAAUGAUAAGGGAGGCCGUUCAAAACGGGCGCAUCUCUGAUGCAAUUGCUAUGGUUAAUGCUCUGCAUCCCGAGUUACUCGAUAACGAUCGUUAUUUAUACUUCCAUUUACAGCAAUUACAACUUCUGGAGCUUAUAAGGGCGGGCCGAGCUGAAGAAGCAUUAGCCUUUGCUAGUGCAACCUUAGCAGAAGCUGGUGCUAAUGACCGCAAUGCUUUGACUGAACUGGAGAGAUCUUUAGCAUUGCUGGCUUUUCCUGACCCGCAUGCUUCACCUUUUGCUGACUUAUUGCUACCAUCACACAGUCAAAAAAUUGCCAGUGAACUAAAUGCAGCCAUACUAAAAAUGGAAAACCAGGAAUACACAAAUCCAAAGUUGUGCAGUUUACUAAGAAUGAUUCUCUGGUCACAAAGUGAACUCGACAAGCAUAAUGUCAAAUACCCUAAGAUGACAGAUCUUGCAAAUGCUACAAUAGAACAGCCAAAAUGA